AAAAACUACCAAUCAACAUUGUUUGAAAUUAACGACAGUACAUUGAAUAUUCUUUUUCGGUGUUUUUAAUUGUUAAAUUUAUUAUUUUUUUUAUUUUAAUCAGAAUGGGCGGUGCAGUAAUAAAUUUUGAAUCUGAAGAAGCAUGCUUACGUAACGAAUACGAACAAUUGACGAUGAAACUUCAUAAACAAAAACACAUUCUUUCCGUUGUGAAUAACAUCGAUUGCAACGAUAUUAGCAAUGUGAAUGAUACGGUCAAAAAGAAUAUUGACAAAGCAUUGGAUUUUGUAAGAGCAUACGAUUAUCUCAAAAUAGAUAAUGUGGGCACCAAUGUUUUGGGUAUUAUUCCAGACAAACCGUACGAGCUCUCAUAUGUGGAAAAACGAGCGUUAAAGGCUAAAGUGUUGGACGAAUUGCCAAAAUCAUAUAGCAAAGAAUUGGAAUUUUGUCGAAAAAUGGUGCCAGAGGUCAUUGAACCGGAUAUUUUCGAUAGCCAAAUAAUGGAUUUGAAUGCACGCGAAAAAGAUUUAUUCACUGAGCUUGCUGCUAAUAAAGUUGCACUGUGUGAAACAUUGGUCGACUGCAUUGAAUUAAGAUUUGGACCCUAUGAAAAGAAUACCAGUGAAUUAACUAAAGCGAAAAUUUCGGUCGAAAGAGUUAAAGCCCAACUGAUUAACACUCUAUUAGAUGAAAAUAUGAAUAGCAUGAGUGAACAUGUUAACAAGGCGAUGGAUAAAAUCGAAUUUAUUUUGGAUUGCGCUAUUGAAAAACAGUAUAUUAACGAUGCUGUUGAGAUGUCAGAUUCUAGGUGAAUGUUGUGGUUGUCGCAGCCAAAAUUACCAUUUUAAUUUAUGUUUUUAAAACCAUUCUUAAAAAUAAAGAGUCUUACGGGAGUAAGACGAACUUUUCCGCACGGUG